GUGAUGACCUUUGGUCCUAAUCAAGAAUGGGGAGCUAAAACAACGAGUCUCGAAGAGUUUGGGCAAUUCCUCGACGCCUUUAAGGAGUACGGGUACGAUGAGGUUGAUACGUCGAGGCUCUACCAGCAAGGUCAGCAGGAGGCUUUUACUGGAGCCAUAGGAUGGAAAGAGCGCGGCUUCAAGCUGGCUACCAAAGUGUAUCCCAUCACCCCCGGCUUGCAUUCACCUUGCCAGCUUCGCGAGCAGCUGGAGACGUCUCUCCGUGAAUUACGUGCGAUAUCUGUCGAUACAUUCUACCUCCAUGCAGCUGACCGAAGUGUUCCAUUUGCCGAAACUCUUGACGAGGUUGACACCAUGUACCGAGAAGGCAAGUUCAAGCAAUUUGGCCUGAGUAACUUCGCCGCAUUUGAGGUAGCCGAGAUCGUGAUGACCUGCAGUGCGCGUGGGUGGAUCCGGCCGACGAUAUACCAAGCCAUGUACAACGCAAUUACUCGGUCGAUUGAAGCAGAGCUUAUUCCCACAUGUCGACGGUAUGGACUCGAUAUCGUAACAUAUAAUGGCCUCGCGGGAGGCCUCUUCACAGGCAAAUACAGUUCCAACAAUACCACGGCACCGCAGGUCUUGACGCAAGUUGACAAAACGUACCGAGCUCGGUUUCUCACGAAUGCGUCGCUGGAAGCCCUAAGCGUCAUCGAGCCGGUAGUUCGAAAAUACGGCCUUACGUUGAUCGAGACAGGAUUGCGAUGGCUUGUUCAUCAUAGUGGCUUGAGGAUGAGAAGAAACGGUGGAAAUGACGGUAUUCUUACGGGAGCAAGUAGCCUAGAACAAUUCAAAAUGACUCUGCCGCUGUUUGAGAAAGGCCCGUUACCCCGCGAGGUUGUCGAAGUCCUUGAUGCUGCUUGGCGAAUUGCCAAAGCAGAAGCGCCAGAAUACUGGUUCGGUGAGCUGAAAUACGGAUAUGACACCACGAGGGCACUCUUUAGUUAG